AUGCUUUACCACUCUUUCAUGCAACUAGAGGCCGUGGUGAGCGGUUGGGCAGCUAUCAAGGCGGAGGAGGCCAGGAGAGAGCAUCGAGGAGGAGUGUCGGACGUCCGCGUCUGGCCACCUCCGCCGGCGCCAAAGACUUCCUCUCCGCAACGCGUGAGCGCCUCUUCCUUCCCCGGAGCGCUUCGCUCGCCAGGAGCAGCUGGGCGGGCCACCCCCCUGCAGAAAGCUGGCGGGUGCAGCGGCCCCCAGGGAAGGAGCCGACCGGCCGCGCGGCGCGGCAGAGCUGCACGGCGCCGCGAGGCUAUUUCUUUGAAUCCGGUGCACGGUUACGCCUGUCCGGCGACGGGACAGUAG